AGGCACUGUAUUGUAUAUGCCAAUUGAUUAUGAUAAAUACUCGAAAUUGAAUAUCAGUAAAUAAAUAUUAAGAAGUCGGGUUUUAAAAAUAUUAACUGAGAAUGUUAUCAUUAACUGCUAACGAGUGCGCCGUUAUGUCUCGAAUCCCCUGGGCUUCUGCCGUUCUUUCCGCUACCUGCUUUUACGGCGCGAUGCGUCACUUGGACUUGCUUGGCAGUGAUGGAUCUCCCUCACAGUCCGUAUAUGAGAUCGCCAAGUUUCCUCGCAGCUGCAGUCCCUCUGAGCGACUCUGACAGUCCACGCGGGACCGAGUGAGUGCCUCUUGCCUGGCUGCCCGGAUUGGCCAAAGCGCACCAAGUGCUCCGCCUGCGCAGCUCGCUUAAGCAGAGCCCACCGAAGAGCGCGAUAGAGCAAUACAGCUCGGCUCUAAACAGGGAAGGAGUCCUGCGCACAGGACGAUCCGAGUGAGCGCGCGGGACCUCCUGUUGCACUAUGCGCCUGCCCUGCGAGACACGCCGACGAAGCCCCCCUAAAGUGCCCCCUGGAAGCUGCAGUUGAACGUGGAAGGAGCAAGUCUUGGGAGCAGUAGCGCCGCGCGCGCCUCUUUGGGACUGAAGCGGACAAUCAUGAAGCUGGUGCUGUGGGCGUUGGGAUUGGUAACCUUCGUCCCGGACGCCCUUACUGUAGCUUCUGUGCGCUCUGGGAGCCCCCGCGGAUACGUGCGGCAAGCACAACUGUUUGAGAUCGCCACCCCUCGCCGAGUGGACGAAGCUGGACACAAUUUUCCCCACGACGUGCACUUCAGGAAAAGGACGAGGCGAAGCGCACCGCUCUCGGACGGACAGAUGACGGACACCUGGAGCGCACCGCAGGUCUGGUACAAGAUCAGCGUCUUUGGCCGGGAUUUCCACCUCAACCUGACUGCCGACGCGGGCUUCAUUGCUCCUGUCUACACUGUAUCGAUAUUGGGAGCUAAAAACGUUACGGCUUUCUCUGCCCACGAGGAGGACACCGAUUUCAAGCACUGCUUUUAUUCUGGACAUGUCAACUCGCAGAAAGAGCACACCGCAGUCAUCAGCCUCUGCGCCGGCAUGCUUGGUACUUUCAGGUCUCCUGAGGGAGAAUUUUUUGUAGAGCCUCUGCAUCACCACCAGGGAGAAUCCUUUGAAGAAGAAAACAGCAAACCUCAUCUUGUGUACAGAAAAGAUUCGAGCAAUGAAGAAGAGUCCAAGAAAACAAGUGCCUGUGAAACAUCAGGAUAUAAUCAUUCAAAGCAAAGAAGCAAACAAAAUCUCAAAAAUCAUGUUUUUGAAGAUCUGGACUAUUUAAGAACAAAUAUUGUAGCAGCUGAUGCUUUUAGCAAAAAGCGGGACAGCAAUGAAACCAGUGAAUCUGUGGCACACCGGAGAUCAAAGAGAUUCUUAUCCUACCCUCGCUUUGUUGAAGUCAUGGUAGUGGCAGACAGUAAGAUGGUGGAACGCCAUGAAAAUAACCUGCAGCACUACGUUUUAACCUUGAUGUCGAUUGUAGCAUCUAUUUAUCGUGAUCCAAGUAUUGGAAACCUUAUUCAUAUUGUAAUUGUAAAGUUAGUGAUCCUUAAAAGUGAGCAGGAUGGUCCUGCCAUAUCCUUUAAUGCUCAGACCACCUUAAAAAACUUCUGUAUCUGGCAGCAGACUCAGAAUCACCCCGACGACAGCCAUCACUCUCAUCACGACACUGCUGUACUCAUCACAAGACAAGACAUUUGCAGAGCACGAGACAAAUGUGACACACUGGGUUUGGCAGAGUUGGGCACAGUGUGUGAUCCGUACCGAAGCUGCUCCAUCAGCGAGGACAAUGGCCUAAGUACAGCUUUUACUAUCGCCCAUGAGCUUGGCCAUGUAUUUAACAUGCCUCAUGAUGACAGCAACAAAUGUACAGAGGAAGGGGUGAAGAACCAGCAGCAUGUCAUGGCACCCACGCUGAACUACUACACCAACCCAUGGAUGUGGUCCAAAUGCAGCAGGAAAUAUAUUACAGAAUUCCUUGAUACAGGAUAUGGAGAAUGCCUGCUUGAUGAACCCUUGUCCAGACCAUAUUCCCUCCUGCAGCAACUUCCAGGGCAAAUAUACAGUGUAAACAAACAAUGUGAAUUCAUUUUUGGGCCAGGGACACAGCUGUGCCCAUAUAUGAUGCAAUGCAAACGUCUUUGGUGCACCAGUCCUGAGGGAGCUCAGAAGGGAUGCCGCACACAACACAUGCCUUGGGCAGAUGGAACUGAGUGUGAGCCUGGCAAACAUUGCAAGCAUGGUGUAUGCAUUGUCAAAGACCAGGAGCCUGUGAUCACAGAUGGGGCAUGGGGUGUGUGGAGCCCAUUUGGGACCUGCUCCCGGACUUGUGGCGGAGGCAUCAAGAUUGCUGUGCGCGAGUGCAAUCGGCCAAUGCCAAAAAACGGAGGGAAAUACUGUGUCGGGCGAAGAAUGAAGUUCCGGUCCUGCAACACUGAGCCAUGUGCCAAGCAAAAACAAGAUUUCCGCGAAGAACAGUGUGCUGCAUUUAAUGGAAGGCGCUUCAGUAUUAACAAUAUCCCUGAAGAGCCCCGCUGGGUUCCCAAGUACAGUGGAAUUUUAAUGAAAGACCGCUGCAAGCUUUUCUGCAGAGUUGCUGGGAAGACGAUGUAUUAUCAACUCAGGGACAGAGUGAUCGAUGGCACACCGUGUGGGCCCGAUACCAAUGAUAUCUGUGUGCAAGGCCUUUGUCGGCAAGCUGGAUGUGACCAUGUGCUGAAUUCCAAGGCAAGGAGGGACAAGUGUGGCAUCUGUGGCGGUGACAAUUCGUCCUGCAAAACUGUUGCUGGCACAUUUAACACUGUUCAUUAUGGUUACAAUGUAGUCAUUCGUAUCCCAAUUGGUGCUACAAAUAUAGAUGUACGGCAACACAGCUACUCAGGAAAACCAGAAGAUGACAACUAUUUAGCUAUUUCUAACAGCCGUGGUGAAUUUUUAUUAAAUGGUGAAUUUAUUGUCAGCAUGUUCAAACGGGAAAUCAAAAUUGGGAAUGCCAUAAUUGAGUAUAGUGGAUCUGACCAUGAGAUUGAAAGAAUUAAUUGCACGGAUCGCUUGGAUGAAGAAAUCACAGUGCAGGUCUUAUCAGUGGGAAACUUGUACAACCCGGAUGUGCGGUACUCCUUCAACAUUCCCAUUGAGGAUAAACCACAGCAGUACUUUUGGGAUGUGUAUGGCCCUUGGCAGGAGUGCAGCAAGCUUUGCCAAGGUGAACGGAAAAGGAAAAUCCUUUGCAGCAGAGAAUCCGAUCGAGUUGUGGUCUCUGAUCAAAGAUGUUACGGUUCCCAGAGACCCUCUGCAAUAACCGAGCUAUGCAACACAGAAUGUGAACUGAGGUGGCAUAUAGCCAGGAGAAGCGAGUGUACUGCUCAGUGUGGACCAGGCUAUAGGACACGAGAGCUUUACUGUGCCAAAUACAGCCGCUCCGAGGGAAAAACCGAAAAGAUUGAUGACCGCUUCUGCAGCAGCCAACGCAAACCAGAUGAUAGGGAGGUGUGUCAUGGCGACUGUAAUGUAGGAGGUUGGCAGUAUUCUUCUUGGACAGAAUGUUCAAAAAGCUGUGGCGGUGGCACUCGAAGACGAGGAGCUGUCUGUGUCAGUUCUCUUGGUGGAGUUCUGGAUAACAGCAAAUGCAAUCAGCAAGACAAGCUGGACAUGCAGCAGUGCAACGAGUUUCUCUGCCCCCAGUGGAAAACUGGCGACUGGUCUGAAUGUCUGGUGACGUGUGGGAAGGGUUACAAGCACCGUCAGGCCUGGUGUCAGUUUGGAGAGGACAGACUUCAUGACAGAUUGUGUGACUCCUCUACAAAGCCACAUUCUGUGCUCCCAUGUCAGCAGCAGGAGUGCGCUGCCUGGCAGGUUGGACCGUGGGGACAGUGCACCACCACCUGUGGACCGGGGUACCAAAUGAGAGCAGUUAAAUGUGUGCUGGGGUCCUAUGGCUCUGUUGUGGAUGACACGGAGUGUAAUGCAGCUACCAGACCGACAGAUACUCAGGAUUGUGAAAUAACAGCAUGUCCUGAUUUGGAACCAAAAGUCCUCAAGCAUGCUGGUCACAGAACACAGUGGCGGUUUGGAUCAUGGACCCAGUGCUCAGCAACCUGCGGGAAAGGCACCAGGCAGCGCUAUGUCAGCUGCAGAGACCAUCAAGGGGCAGUGGCGGAUGAUUCUGCCUGCUCACAUCUGCCCAAGCCACCAUCCCGGGAAGUCUGCUCUGUUGUGGCCUGUGGGCAGUGGAAGCCUUUGGAAUGGACACUGUGUUCAGUGACCUGCGGUCAAGGAAAGGCCACAAGACAGGUGGUGUGCAUAAAUUCCAAUGAGCAGGUCGUGGACCUAAGUGAAUGUGAUCCAGAUGAUCGGCCUGCAACAGAGCAAGAGUGCACCAUGUCUGCUUGCCCUUCUCAAUCAAAUGAUAGGGGCAGAAUCAAUUUGCCCACUGACCAUCGAGUGAAGGUGCCCCCUUCUCACGGGCUCCCAAAUCGGAAUGCAGGCCGGGCCCAACCUUCUGGUGCUAACCAGUGGAGAAUGGGCCCUUGGGGAGCGUGCUCCAGUACCUGCGCAGGGGGAUUUCAACGGCGAGCUGUUGUCUGUCAGGAUGAAAAUGGAUAUGCAGCAAGCAACUGUGAGGAACGUGGCCGACCGGUGGAGCAGCGGUCAUGCGAGUCGGGGCCCUGUCCUCAGUGGGUGUUUGGCAGCUGGGGCGAGUGCACCAAGUCAUGUGGUGGUGGAAUAAAGACACGUCAAGUGGUGUGCCAGAGGUCCAAUGGAGAGCGAUUCAGUGACCUGAGUUGUGAAAUCCUUGACAAGCCCCCAGAUCGCGAGCAGUGUAACACUCAGGGUUGCCCAUCACAGGCUGGCUGGAACAGCAGUCCAUGGAGCUCGUGCUCAGUGACUUGUGGAAGGGGUCUGAAGUAUCGCACCGUCACCUGCCUGAGCAGAGAUGGCAUCCAGGUGGACGAGGAGAGGUGCCAGAAUGUGACAAAGCCAAGCACACAGAAGCAGUGCAGAGGGGGAAGAUGUCCCAAAUGGAAAAGUGGGCACUGGGAACCGUGCUCACAAUCCUGUGGACCUGGAACGAGACACCGAAGAGUUGUUUGUCAAAAGCACAAUGGUGAAGAUCUGAGCUCCGAGUACUGUGACAGUCGCAAAAGUCCCCCAGAGACGGAGAGUUGUAAUGUGCAGCCAUGUGAGUUCAUCUGGAUUACAGGGGAAUGGUCUGAGUGUUCUGUAAGCUGUGGACACGGUUACCAGAGAAGACUUGUGUCCUGUAGUGAAGUUUAUAGUGAUAAGGACCAUUAUGAAUAUGGAUAUCAAGUGACCUCCAACUGUCCUGGUGUGCCCCCCGCCAGCGUUCAGGCUUGUUACCCUGAGGAAUGUGUGGCACCUGCCACCUGGAGAGUGGCAAACUGGGAGCGUUGCUCAACAACUUGUGGAGAUGGAGUCAUGCAAAGAAGUGUCCAGUGCUUAGAUGGCAGCGGUCAAAACAGCAAUGAAUGUCCAGUAGAUGUGAAGCCAGAGGAGAGCGCCGUCUGUCACAACUUAGACUGCACAUUCCCAAGAACUUGCUAUGAUGUUCUGAGACAAACAGGUAUCACCGAAGACGGAGAGCACUUGCUGAAUAUUCUUGGAAAAGUCGUUAAGAUUUAUUGUGCUGGAAUGCAGACCGAGAGUCCAAGAGAGUACAUCACUCUUGUGAGCGCUGAUGGAGAGAACAUCUCAGAGGUCUUUGGUUUUAGACUCAUUAACCCCACCGAGUGCCCCUACAAUGGGAGCCGCCGAGAGGACUGCAUUUGCCGAAAAGAUUAUACUGCAGCUGGGUUCACCAAAUUCAGCAAAGUAAGGCUGGACAUCAACAAAAUGCAAAUAAUAACCACAGACUGGCUCUUCUCACAAACCUCAGAAGGACACCAUGUUCCAUUUGCCACUGCUGGAGAUUGUUACAGUGCUGCCAAGUGUCCACAGGGUCACUUCAGUGUUGAUCUCUCUGGAACAGGCUUUUACAUCACUGAGGAAACAAAAUGGAUCUCCCAAGGGAACUACGCUGUGGCUGAGAUGAAGAGGUCUUUGGAUGGCAGCAGAGUGACUGGAAAGUGUGGUGGCUACUGUGGGAAGUGCACGCCGUCCUCUGGCACAGGCCUACAGGUCAGGGUGUAGGUGACAGAGAUACUUUGGAAAGAAUCCAACCAUUGGAAGCGUCAGAAUCUUAAGUUAUGUUACCUUGGCAGCCUGUAAGCUGUACAUACAGAAUAUUGUGUACAUUUUGUACAUACCUGAACUUUAUUUAUUUAUAUUUUUAUAAGAUGCAUGGUCUAUGAAGUAUACUUUUGUUGUUCAAGUGCAUUUUUCCAUUAACUCGCCUCGUUUCUAAAUCUGUUUUUUUUGGGUCAGUAAGUCAUUAUUCAUUUUGGUGCUACUGUCCAGGUCCAUUUCUUGGGACACCAGGAGCUGCCCAGGGUUCACACAGCAGGUGGUGCUGCUGCCCUCUUAGCAUAGCCCAGGUGCAGGUACCUCGUCUCCUGCGGUGUGGCGAUUCGGCUCCUGGCGAGCUUGUUGACGUUGUUUACCAACGUUUGAGCAUUAGUGAGUAUACAUUGCCAAGAUGAGGCCUCCAACCAGCAUGAAAGAGCUGUACAUCUGCCCACCCGGCUCUCUGCACCAGCGGGCCUCAGGUGUGACGGAUACUGUUGCAAAAUGGCGGUAAACACCAUUGGCACUAACGUCACCAGUAGUAUUCAGCAUAAGGGAUCCUUUAAUUGCACGCCUCUUUUUUUUUUUUUUUUUUUAAGUUGUGCUUUUUCCUUCCCUUUUUUUGGCCACUUCUGGAUUUUGUUACCUCUAAUGUAAAACCGUGACCUAACGUGUGUCAAAAUGUGAAAAUGCUUUACUGUGAUGAAAAUAAGCAGGACGUGACCCUCUCUGUGCUGCCACUGGCCUGCCACCUUGUGCCCAAUUACGAGUACUACAGCAGCUCACUUAAGUGCCUUACGUUACCUAUCGCAGUAAACCCUCAGUCUCACCAGUCUAAGCUGGUGUGACAACAUGGCUAAAUCUCCAAAGGUUACCAACCAGAACCAUGACAGUGCUGAAGACGGUGGCAGGUUUAUCCCUCAGACCUUCAGCAAGUUUAAUUUGGGAGGGCCUACCAAUCAGAUUCGACUCUCAGUCCACCGAGCACCCAGUGUGCUGCUGCCAGAAUAAAUCACUUGGGCCUGCCUUCUGGGUCAAGACCAGAAUGACUGCUGUUGAUUUAGUCGACUCUUACAUAGCGCUCUCCUCAGUGGCCUGUCUUACAGAAAUUAAAGAUUUGUGUCAAGGGGUGGGAAUUGGUGCCAGGGCAAAAAUAAGGAAAUUAAUAAAAAGACAAGAAGCGACCCACAGUAGUCAGAAAGUCAGUCAUGAGACUUGAACAGACGCCCUCAGUAUUACUUGUAAAUCAGAUGGGUGAUGCGGCUGGAGUGUCACCCUGUGGGAGUACUCUAACUGCACUGCCAGUGAGCUGAAGGUCAAGGCUGGCAAAGGCAAGACUUAGCAGGGCAAUGAGACAGACAGGGGCACACGUGUCAGCAUAAGGCAGUGAGCCGAGAUGGCGUCAUUUGAAAGAAACUGACUUAGGUAAAGCAGGCACUGGCAAUGGAUGAAUUGAUUCAAUAGAGAAGUGGCAUCUCAUGUUAAAACUUCUUACUGCAUGUCUUAGGCAGUGCCAUGUAGGCGGCAGGAUAUGGCCUGGUUAAUACAAGCAGAGGACGCUGCUCAUUUCAGCCUGCUGAAUGGAGAUUGUUGUUCAUUUAUGGUAGCGAGGGGCUACUUCAAAAAGACAGGCUUGGAGAAAGUGUGCACUCUUACAAAAUCAAGGGUAGGGAUGGCAAUUCAAACAGCUGAGAAUAUGUAAUGUUCGUGCUGGGUGAGGUAAUGGGGGACAGCGUUGUCAUUUGGGGAGAUGACCCGUCCCCAAUAAAAUUUAGAAUUGUAGUUGUGACUAUGAUAAGUUUUGGGGACAACUCACUGGCAUGAAGAUUCCUUUGUAGUGUGGGUUGAGCUAAUCGGACCAGUGACAAUGACAGCAGGACCAUGCUUUCUAUCCCUUAUCCUUUAACUGUGGGCCUGAGCAAUUAAUACACAGCCAGACACCAGAAUUAUUUGGCUUGAGGCCUCACAGCUAAGGGGGCACAUAAUGGGGCAUUAACUCUGCCAAAAAAAAAAAGAAAAAAAAGGUGAAGAGGCAAAGGUGCCUCAAAAUAGGUUAGGAUCCUAAAACAGCUAUAAAUGGCAUUGCAGAGACACAAGUAGCCCGGAAUGAAAAUCCAACACAAGCAAAGUACUGCAGCCACAGACAGAACGGCUUAUCAGGGGUCUGGGUGGCCCACAGACAUCAGUGGCACGCUGGGGUGAAGGUAUUCAACAAAUAGCAUUGGUAGGCCCAGGGUUACUUCACAAUGGCCUUAAACAACAACGUUAGAGCUGUAACUUUAGCUGAGCAUUCUAGUUGCUGCCCGGUGCUGGGCUGCACUGCCAGACGGGUUUGGGGUAUGGCAGGUUGUGCCCCCCUACUUUAUAAGGUACUGAACACAGAGAUGAAGAACACAACCGUAAGGCCAACUCAAACCGCAUGACCACUUCACUCGUACCUCAGAUCAGUCGCAUCACUUAUUCAGCCUCGGCUUCCCUCCAUCCAGUAUUAUCAUUAUCCUUAUUAUUGUUCAUAUUUUUUUGUCUUCAUUGUCUUAUGUUAUUUCCACAGCCUAUGGAAUCAGUGCGGUCACUCCGGGUGCUCCUGUGCUGUGGUUUGAGGGCCCUCGGGGUCACUAUUGAUGCUACUGUCAUACUGUUAAGGGCAUCAAUUGGCAUUUACUACAUUUAAAUUAUUGACUGAACUAUUGUUUCGUUUGUGUCUAAUUUGUGUUUAUUAAAAUAAGCACUGAGAUGUGUCACUUGUACUGUUUACUGCCAUUUACAAAAUAAAUUAUUUUCCUAGA